AUUCACGUUUAGAUUUUGAUUGAUUAGUUGUCAAUAUGAAUUUUUUAUUGGCACUUACCGCUUUAGUGGCAACCGUUGCAGCCAAUCCAUCAGCUGUUGAUGUCCUUCAGGAUGUUUACUAUACUUGCCUGCAGGACUUUUCAGUCAGUUGUGUUAAACCUAAAGCACUACAUUGGAUCAGUGAGGUGGCAAAUAAUCAGGAAAUUCGGAUUACUGAUGAUCUGACUAUCGUGAAAAAAGAUAAUCCUGGAAAUGUUGAGGAUCGUGGAUUCUCCGAUGAUAUUUUUGAAAAAUUCGAAGAUUUUCUACAAACCCACAAUCUGGUUGUCAGAGCUCCGUCAUUUCUUCGUGAUAGGGAUAGUCAUACGGACAGUCUCAUACCAAGAUCUUUCCAAGCUCAAAAUCUCGAAGUACCAUUAGCAGUAACUGGGCGGUCUUCAAAACUUGUGAAGAAAGUGAUUGUACCAUUCCUCCUGGGUUUGAAAUUCAAAACUGCUGUGCUUGUACCACUUGCCUUGGCUCUCAUUGCCUUGAAGACGUGGAAAGCUCUCACUUUGGGAUUAUUGUCUCUCGUGCUCACAGGGGCACUGGUUAUUUUCAAGUUCACGAAACCAAAGGUUGUCAAUUAUGAAAUAGUUCAUGUACCACAACACAUCGAGCAUCAUGUUGAGCAUCCACCUUCAUCUGGAUGGGAACAUCCUGGAUAUGGCAGGCAGCUGAAUGGAAAUGAAAUGGCAUAUAAUGCGUAUAUCAACUGAAUGUUUGAAUGGCUUAUUUAUUUAUUUAUGAAGUGAAAUAAAAGUUAUUUUCUGU